AUGAAAACAAGCGGCUUGACGCCAACUAUCGGAAUAGCAGACUCUUAUCUGGAAUGGCUGACAUCACCUAAGAGUGUUGGUGCCUCAAUUCCAUGCUUUGGAAAUGAUGGGAUGUCCGCUAUGAGAAUUGAAAGUGGAGAAGAGUUCCUUUUCGUCCGCCUCGCCUUCUAUGAAGGCGUUGAAUUGAAGUCGUCAACGGAGGCAGCGAAGAAGUUGCGCGAUCAUCGCGUGUCGAUGACGGAGGUGCCGGAACGUUACUCCUGCCUUCCUGAGGGCACGCGAUUCCUUCAGUAUUCUUCCGAGGGUCAUCAUAUCUACCUGGCCGCCGCGUAA